GGAUCCGAUUCGGCGACAGGAUCAGGGGCUGGAGGCUUUGGCAGAACAAUGGCUACCUGCUUAUAACGAGCAAAAUAUUCGUUGGCUAUGUCGACAAUGAGGUGGUCUUCAAAGUGCAAGUGGUUGUAAGCGUGAUAGAAGAACGACUUGGCGAACGGCCGGCCUCCUGUACUCUGAACAGACUGUCGAAGGAGGUAAAGACAGGCAUCGGUAUAGAUGCGGCUGGGGAUACGGUCGAUCAUCGUGUUUGGUGUCACCCAGGGAGUGGAGAGGGCAUUGAGAUACUGUUUGAGAGUGUACGUGCGGUCAAUGUUCAAGAUAGUGAGCCCCUCAAGGCUGAUCAAGACAUCGUUCUGUUUCAGUGAUCUAUCGAUGAGGUAUUCCGGGUUGAACAUUGCGUCCAUGCCAGAGCUUGAUGACGAGAGAGCCAUCCAUUUCGGCUGGAGAUGGUACUUCCUUGCCGCUCGCCGGAUAUACUUGUUGAAAAUAUGGCGCUCAUUGUCCGAGAGAGUGCCGACGGGAAAGACAGUGAGAUUGCACCCUUGGCCAAUAGGCAGUGGUUUGGAACGGGAGAGGAUGAGAGUCAGGUGCAGUGUGUUAGACUGUAGCUUGCUUGAGACAUAUUCCAGUCCCGAGUAGACCUGGGGUGCAAUCAUGUUCGAGUCAAAGGCCGACUCCUGAGUUAAGGGUGGAGAUAUCAUAUCUCGGGUCAACGGAUCGGUAGAGGGGGGACGUAUAUCCCCCCUGUUUCGAGAUUGCUCGUGGAGAAUCAUCCUCUUUCUCCCUCCGCCGCCUGCUUGACCAGACGUUCAGACGGGCAGCAGCGAUGUGAAGAAGAACGGCCACAAUGAUGAAACAUCCCGAUUGUUAUAUAUCGUCAUGAAGAUGCACG